UGGAGAGGAGUUGGAGGAGGAAGCGGUGACCAGAGGCGAGGACGGCUUGUCGAGCGAGCGAACGAGCGAACUAGCGAACGAGCGGGUCGGACGCGGAGAGCUGGGAGAGCUGGCGGCCGGUCGGAAGCCAUCACGCCGGAGACUACAGCUGCAAGCGCGGGCCCCGCCGAGGAAGGAAGCAGCCGGCUGGGGAGGUGAAGCUCGCGUGGCGUGGGCAGUGAAGCAGUGACAUCAGACAACAGAUGGGCGUCGUGACGAGAGCUUCCCAGAGGAUUGGACCUGGCUAGGAGAGUCGGCCCGGAGGCCACGUGCUGCCGCCUUGCUGAAAAAGGAAGCCGGGACAAGCCGCGCCACGCAGGAAGUGGAGCCCCGUCUACAGCCGCACCAUUGAUGGAGGACAGAUGGACAGCCUGUUGGCCACUCACGCCUCCUCUUGAGCCUCCGCAGAGUGCCUCUUUGUCACGGGCCGGGCACCUGGCACGAGCUGGCAGUGGCUUUCUGAACCCUGUGGCCGGACAGACAUAGAGUGAGCCUGCGGGGCACGUCCGGACCCGACUCUUGCGUGCCCGCCACCAUGAGUGCCGAGGGCUAUCAGUACCGGGCGCUGUAUGACUAUCAGAAGGAGAGGGACGAAGACAUUGACCUGCACCUGGGGGACAUCCUGACCGUGAAUAAAGGAUCCUUGGUCGCACUGGGGUUCAGCGAUGGGCAGGAGGCUCGGCCAGAAGAAAUCGGCUGGUUAAAUGGCUACAAUGAGACCACUGGGGAGAGAGGCGACUUCCCGGGUACAUACGUUGAGUACAUUGGAAGGAAGAGGAUCUCUCCUCCCACUCCGAAGCCUCGGCCGCCUCGACCCCUUCCUGUGGCGCCAGGUUCUUCAAAACCGGAGGCUGACACUGAGCAUCCAGCUUCGACCCUUCCAGAUCUGGCAGAGCAGUUCGCCCCUCCUGACGUCGCCCCGCCUCUUCUUGGGAAGCUUGUGGAAGCCAUCGAGAAGAAAGGUCUGGAAUGUGCCACCCUCUACAGAACACAGAGCUCCAGCAGCCCGGCAGAACUACGGCAGCUUCUCGAUGGUGACGCAGCGGCCGUGGACUUCACAGUGUUGGAUGUACACGUCUUAGCCGAUGCCUUCAAACGCUAUCUCCUGGACUUACCCAAUCCCAUCAUUCCCAUAGCUGUGUACAGCGAGAUGGUCUCCUUAGCCCAAGAAAUACAAAGCCCCGGGGACUACAUGCAGGUGUUGAAGAAGCUCAUCCGCUUGCCUGGCGUCCCUCCUCAGCACUGGCUCACGCUGCAGCAUUUGCUUAAACAUUUCUUCAAGCUCUCACAGUCCUCCAACAAGAAUCUCUUAAGUGCAAGAGUGCUCGCAGAAAUCUUCAGCCCUCUGCUUUUUAGAUUCCCUGCAGCCAGCUCUGAGAACACGGAACACUUUGUGAAAGCCAUAGAGAUUCUGAUCUCCACGGAGUGCAAUGAGCGGCAGCCUGCACCAGCACUGCCUCCCAAACCACCCAAACCCACUCCUGCAGUCAACAACGGUAUGAAUAACAGUAUGUCCUUGCAAGAUGCUGAAUGGUACUGGGGCGACAUCUCAAGGGAAGAAGUGAAUGAGAAGCUUCGAGAUACGGCGGACGGAACCUUCUUGGUACGAGAUGCGUCUACAAAGAUGCACGGGGAUUACACACUUACACUAAGGAAAGGAGGAAAUAACAAAUUAAUCAAAAUAUUUCACCGGGAUGGGAAGUAUGGUUUCUCUGACCCGUUAACCUUCAACUCCGUGGUUGAACUAAUAAACCAUUACCGGAAUGAAUCCCUAGCGCAGUACAAUCCCAAGCUGGAUGUGAAGUUGCUUUACCCAGUGUCCAAAUACCAGCAGGAUCAGGUUGUUAAAGAAGAUAAUAUUGAAGCUGUAGGGAAGAAAUUACAUGAAUAUAACACUCAGUUUCAAGAAAAGAGUCGAGAAUAUGAUAGAUUAUAUGAAGAGUAUACCCGCACCUCGCAGGAAAUCCAGAUGAAAAGAACAGCUAUUGAAGCAUUUAAUGAAACCAUAAAAAUAUUUGAAGAACAGUGCCAAACCCAGGAGCGGUACAGCAAAGAAUACAUAGAGAAGUUUAAACGCGAAGGCAAUGAGAAAGAAAUACAAAGGAUCAUGCACAAUUACGACAAGUUAAAGUCGCGAAUCAGCGAGAUCAUCGAUAGUCGGAGGAGGCUGGAGGAGGACCUGAAGAAGCAGGCGGCCGAGUACCGGGAGAUUGACAAACGCAUGAACAGCAUUAAACCAGACCUCAUCCAGCUGAGGAAGACCAGAGACCAGUACCUGAUGUGGUUGACUCAGAAGGGUGUCCGGCAGAAGAAGUUGAACGAGUGGCUGGGCAACGAGAACACGGAAGACCAAUACUCGCUGGUGGAAGACGACGAGGACUUACCUCACCACGAUGAAAAGACUUGGAAUGUUGGCAGUAGCAACCGGAAUAAAGCCGAGAACCUGCUGCGAGGGAAGCGAGACGGCACCUUUCUGGUCCGCGAGAGCAGCAAGCAGGGCUGUUACGCCUGCUCCGUGGUGGUGGACGGCGAGGUCAAGCACUGCGUGAUCAACAAGACGGCCACCGGCUACGGCUUCGCCGAGCCCUAUAACCUGUACAGCUCCCUGAAGGAACUGGUGUUACAUUACCAACACACCUCGCUCGUGCAGCACAACGACUCUCUCAACGUCACACUAGCCUACCCGGUCUACGCACAGCAGAGGCGAUGAAGCGCUCGCUCACCUUCCUCGAUCCUUCUCCUCAAGUUCAAACACCCUCGGAGGCCUCUGGGAAGCAAAAGGCUCCUCUCCAGCCUGACCUGUGCGCUGAGCUGUGCAGCAAGCUCUCUUGGACCCAACAAUAAGAAGCGGAGGAAGACAGGCGGCCUAAAACGGACGGCUUUGUUGAAUGUUUUCAUGGUUUUGGUUGGUUGUUUUUUUUUUUUUUUUCGGGGGUUUGAAUUUAAAACCGCAACAACACAAAAAGAGAGGGGGAGAAAAAAAACACAAAAGAAACGCAACAAGCUCUGCGUGCAGGGACAGAGAGGCCUCUAACCACGGUGCUUGUUAAUGCUCAUUGAAGCUUUACCAGUUCCAAGUGGGGACUCUGGAGAUAUGAGGGUACAGAGGGCGGCCGAGCCCCAGCCUGGAGGACCGGCGCGAGCCAGCCUGGUGGAGCCAGGGGGUUUGCCAUGCGCGAGGCCGGGUGGACCCAGACGCAUCGCACUGUGGAGUAGCUCCUUGACUAACUGAUGAGCGAUGUGGAGCCAGCAGGGCACUUCCGCUCCCUGGGCGCCCGAGUGGACUUGAGACCCGACGUGCUCAGAGGAAAUCCUGUUGGGAGUCAAGUGCCCAGAAUGUGGUUUUGUUGCCGUUCGUCCACAAAACCAAACCAAACCAACAGAAAAACCAACCAGCGGAGCUCGGAAAAGAAAAAUUUCAGAGGACAUUCAGUAUAUAAAAUAAUGUACAUAAUAUUGGAUGACUAACUAUCAAAUAGAUGAAUUUAUACCAAUACCAAAUAGCUUCUGUUUUGUUUUGCUGAAGGCUAAAUUCACGGGGCUAUGCAAUUCCUCGGUUUCGUUAAGUUGUUGUCUGUUUUAAAUGUACCUUCAGAAUAAGCUUCCCCAGUCCCGGUUUUCAUUGCUUGAAAAUACUGUCAUCCCUGGUUUUUGUUAAUAUUCAUUUUGUUACUUUUUUUUUUUAAAGAAAUGUACAGGAUGCCAGUUUAAAAAAAAUGGCUUCAGAAUUAAAACCUAUGAACUAUUUUACAGUUUUUCUUGUACAGAGUACUUGGCUGUUAGCCUAAAGUUAAAAAGUUCAGAACAGAUUUUUUUUUUUUUUUGGACUAAAUGUUUUGUUGGGCAGUGCCUGAUAAGCUUCAAAGCUGCUUUAUUCAAUAAAAAAAAAGAAAAGAAAAAGAUUAUAUGAAUAUGACAAAGUAUCGCAGAGUCCAACGAUGUUGUUUUAAGACUCUUAAAAAUACGGUACCUGGCAAUGUUUCCUGAAGAAUCGUGAACUUGUUGAAUGGGGGGGCGGGGACAGACACAGUGGGGUGGCGGGAGGCAAGGGGGACGGCAUGCACUUUCUCUUUCCCGUGUUGACGCUGCCGGGUGAAGUUGCUGGCACGAGGGAGGUCUUUUGCCUUUUCAGUGGAUGGCAGUUGGCAGCCUAGGGUCGUCCUACCAGGCAGCUGGUCCAGUAGCUCGGUUCUUCCAGAGGAAGUGCUGCAAAUUUAUUUUGGGGCUCCUGGAACACAGCUCCCUUUUUGUUGAGGAUGCUGGUCCAAAGUCACCUCUGCCUUUAGAAAAAUGGGAGCUUUUUUUUUGUUUUCUUGCUUUUUAACACAAGACUAGUUGCGCUGACCAGACAUUCAUUUUAGAUAAAAGCAUGAUCAAAAAUACUACUUUUUAAUGGGUGGUUUCUCACUUCAUUAGGUUUCCGUUCUGUUUAGAACACAGGUCAAACAGACUGUUCAGGCUCUGAAAGGUCAUGGUCAUUUGAUCCUCUCCUUCAUCCAAUUCUUGGAGAUGCUCUACUUCACUGUGGCCAAGCCCGGGAUGGGCUUAGUUUCAUCCUUCCCACUGAGGGUAAGCAGUCUCUCCCAGAUUUGCAUAUGCAGAAUCUGUCUGGUACAGGACGAGUUGUCCACGUGUCAGGAGCCCUGAAGGCCAGUCACCCCCGUGGUCCCCCAUCCUGGUUGAUGAAAAUGGGGCCUUGCAGUUUCAGCCUGUCUUUCUCACUGUUAGCUUCACCCGCAGCUUGAGUCCUCUUCAGAUACUAAAGGUGAGGGUUUUUUUUCAAUUCAAUCGGCCGAAGCAGCUAAGCAUCGUAGAGCUGUAGUCUUCUUCCGCUGUCCCUGAGACGGCUCCCACUCCAGGAGAACUCAGACUGUCCAGUCCUUGGCUAGUGCCCACCCGAGCAUCUCCGUGCCCUCACCCUGCGGCUGAUGCUUCCCAGAGCUUUCCUUUGGGGACGCGUCCUUGCUUGGAAACUUCCGGUGCUGAAAGCAUCCCACAUCACACCGGAGUCUUAACAGCUCGCUGGUUUCCGUUUUCUAAAGGUAGGUUGGCGGGUUCUCUUUGUGCUGAGGACGGGGAUUAUGUGUGCUGCCAACUCCAGUUCUCAUCUGCUAUUUCUAAAGCAUAACAUCUGAGAUCCAGGUUCUUGGAAAGCCACCAUUUUGUUCUUGCAUUUUGCUUCCACCACGCUUGGCCAGAUGACAUGGUAUUCGGGCCGUUGCCUGGUUUGUGCAUUUCACAAGCCUAAAUCCAAUAGAGAGGGAUUGAGGAGCAGAUGGGAGUCGUUCCAGCCAGCACAGGGAGGCCUCUAGAGUUGCAAGGGAGCAUGCAUACUGCAUGUGCCCUUGUGGGCGUUCGCACUACGGGCCUCAGGUGCUGGUGCCAUGCUUAACUGUGUUGUCCAAGAGGAUCUCUCCUGGGGGCUACUGCAGCCAGCAGGGCACUCCCGACAACACGAUCCCAUCUGUACAAUGGUCUUUCCCACCCACUGUCACAUCCUAUAGCAAGGGACAACCAUUGCUGAGCCACUGAAAGGCACAGGUAGGCCUGUCACUAGGAAUGCUUAAGGACCUCAGGGUACACGCCAGAGGAAUCGUAACCACGUGGCAAGGCAGAAAGCAGGCGACAACAUCUGGCAACUUGACAGCCCUGGAGAGAUGUAUAUAUGUAUAUGUGCAUGGACCGUGUUUCCAGUACACCCUUCCAGCAAGCAGUUCUGCAGUCGUUCAAGUAUAUAAGAAGCAAGUGUUUAGAACAAUUCUUGUGUAUGUGUAGGAGUUGCUUUAUUCGCUUUGAGGUUGCCUUGUUUUUUGUCUUACAGAGGUGAAAAUCGUUUGCAAGUGAAGUGAGUUCACCAUUCUUAUUUUUUUUUCUGUUUUUUUUUUUUUUCCAAGUGACUCAUUUAGAGAGUCGGUCUGGAUGACCCGUUUCUCUUGGUAAUCCUCUCUGGUGUGUCAAGUUUGUGUUGAAGUGAGUUGUCACUGUGGAGAACCGAUCGCUUGGUCCUAGAGCUGGUUAUGAGCUAGUGGUGUGUGUAUGGGAAGUCCUACUGAUAAAGUUCCUUCUUGGGGGAAGAGUUCUGCCGGUGUGAACAACAGCUUUUGCUAUACAUGGUAUUCAAGUGAGUUGGCAAGUCGACUCUGGCCCUGAGCUUAGGGUCAUUUAAGAGAGGGGCAGUUUUAAGCACAAUGCCUCGCAUGGGACAAUGUUCCAAAAUGCCAAUUUUUUUUUUUUAGAAGUCUGUUCUCUAAAAUCCAUGGCUUUUUAGAAGCCAUGGAUGUGGGCGGGCUGGGAGAACAGAGUUGGGUUCAUUGGAAAGAUGCUCCAACUUCACGUUCAACUUGUCGCCAUGAGAUAGCAUUAGCUGCCCAGAAUGCUGCUACUUAAGAAACAAAGCUCAUUUAUACGUGUGUAUUUUUGAAAAAGCUACAAUGUGUCCAAUGUUUUUACAAAUCUUUCUAUGAUGUUCAAAUAAAAGUUGGUCUUUUGACGAGAAGGAGGAGGUCCUGGUCGGUUGUAAUUGCCUUUCCAAGGCCACUGGGGUGGGGGGGGUUAGGGGAGUGUGCCUCCUUGACAUUUUCUUCAAGUUACAGAUUCAGUGGAGCUAUGUCUUGUUUUUGAAGUUGCUUUAAUGCAUUGUAUUAGGUCUUCAAAUGGAAUAAAGGUUGUUUUGAGACUUC